CUGGGAUUGGCCGCCGAUUGGACUUCCGCUAACGUGUACCUUUCCUUGGAGUGAAUAAGUGACGCUGCUGUGGGUCUUUUUGAGCUGUAGAUCGAAUCUGUGAGAGAACGAGACCGGUGCAGACAACGUAUUAGCAAAAUGCCUGGUCCUGCAGCAAGUAAUACCAAUGUUGGUGCUUCUGGGCGUUCCCCAAGUAAAGCGGUUUCACCUAGAGCAGCAGGAUCUACUGUUCGACAAAGGAAAACAGCAAGUAGUGGAACAAGAAGUUCAGGACGGACCACAUCUGCUGGCACAGGAGGAAUGUGGCGAUUCUACACUGAGGAUUCUCCAGGUCUUAAAGUCGGCCCUGUUCCAGUUCUGGUGAUGAGUCUUCUUUUUAUUGCUUCCGUCUUCAUGCUGCAUAUCUGGGGAAAAUACACACGUUCAUGAAAGUACUUACUUGCUUAUGUAUUACUGGACCAAAUCAUUUUGGACUUCAGAGAACAGUGUAACACUUUUUUUUUUUUUUUUUUAAGUUAAAGGCCAUAUUU